GACAUAGCAUAGGAUUUUUCAUCCACGGUUUGGUUCCAGUUUUCAAGCAGCACGUCUGCUUGAAAAAUGUAUCAAAAACGCAUUCCGGUUGUUGUGAUUAGCGUUUAUUCGCGCAACUGGUUUCAUCUCAGCUUUCAUUGCUGCUAAGUUAUAAUCGUUUUUGUUUUCACUUUCUUUUUCUCAACUUGAGAAAACACGCACAGAGUUCCACGAUUACACUGUGCAGUCUGUGCUUUUAAAAACGCCCGGGGCUGCAGAGCGUUCACCUGUAUGCCUGUAUGUAACAGUUGAAGACGUGACGAAAUAAGCCAGCUCAGAUCCCGCUGCUGUAUUCGAAGUUCCUUCUGCGCUGCCUUUAUUGAUUUGUUGAUUUGUUCUCAUUAUUCAUUAUUUAACAGCCAUGUCUAACGGAAUUCACCGAGGCAACAGUGUCGACGUCGUGGUGACAGAUGGCGUCGUUCGCUAUGGACGAGUGGUGGAUACAGCUGACAACGGGUUCUUCGUUGAUUUAUUCUGUCCUACCGGACGACGCCGUUUCUUCCCUUUCGGCAGCAGCGUCUUUCUUUCUGACUUUCGACGUGCCUUAUCCAGUGAUAUUGUGGCUGAUGCGUGGGCCGCAUCGCAGCUGCCCUGCCCCAUUGUGGAAGUGUUGAUGCGCGAGAGUCUCUCCGGUCCUUGGACAUGGUUUCCUGCCGAGAUGGUCAUGCCGCCUCGUAGUGCUGCUACUAAACGGUACACAGAGUUUCAUGUCGCCGUUGUCCGUUGGGGCAACAAUGCGACUCGUUUGGAUAUCGUUCCGGUUGAGCGCAUUCGCUUACCCAUCCCGAAGGCGCGUUGGGCAGCAACACGUUCGAACAUUAUGCCGGAAGAUCUACGUUUCGCCGCCCGGCGCGUUGGGAAGUGGACGUUUGUUAAGCGCAGCGUCAAGUUACCCGAUGAAUUUGCCUCGAUGCCUGUCGACGAGUUACGCACAGUGCUGCAUUCUAACUGCGCCGUGAAUUAUGUUACGUUUGUGGAGUUCAGAAACGAGUGUUUGUAUUUUCUGAAGCGAGUUGGGGGACCGCCCACGGAUGGAGACCAUGAUCCCGAUUUUCCGGAAGCAAAUUGGCAGUUCCGUCAACAGUUGAUGGAAUGCUUUUCUCGUCUGAUCGGCCUCUCCAAGCUGUUAUGCGGAAUUGCCGAAGAGACAGAUGCAUUCCGUGUGCUGCCGCCCGAGUUAUGGCUUGACGUGUUCUCCCAACUGGACACGAUGACGCAGACCACGCUGCGCGCUGUCUGUUCAACGUGGAAUCAGAUUCUGGGUUGUCCUCUGCUAACGACGACGAUUGUCAUCGCAGGUGUUAAAAACAUCAGAAAUGCUGCACGACGAGAAUAUCGGCUGACGGCGCCCCUCUUUAAAUAUCUGCGGUCAACAACACAGCGUCUCAUUGUGGUGGAUUGGUGGAACGAAAUUGAUUACGAAAUGCUGCACAGUAUAGUGAACAUGAUGCGCUAUGUUGCGGAGAAUAACCCAGGGAUCCGGUUAAAAGAGGUUUCGCUGGUGGGUUUCCACUGGAUUCUUCCUAUUAACAUCCUUCUUGCGCUGCAUGAAGAGGAUGACUGUGGGCUACAUCUCAGUAAUGGCUAUAUUGUGAGCAAUUCGGUAUCCUACAAUAUUUAUGAUGUUAAUAUCCGGGGUUUCGUUGCUAUCUUUCGGGGAUUGAUGUGCGAUUCCAUAAGGCUGAUCGGUGGCACAGUGAGCCCGUUCGUCGACGCACCUCCAUACAGAUUUUAUUGUGCAUUUCCUUGCCGGAUUCGAGCUGCUCGACUGAUGGUGGAUGAUGAUUUGGAGCGCUCAAUCUGGGAUGUUUUGGAACUGGCUUUACCCAUUGUUAGCGACGCGCAACGGGAAACUGUGUCUGAAGUCUUGGCGUGGGUGGCCGCUCAGAAGAAUGCAUCUCCACGAGUAGGAUGGGCCUGGAAUGAUGCAGUGUGCAAAGUAUUAUGUGCAGCGCAGGCACAGGAUCCGCGCCCGCAGUCACACUUCCGUGGGAAAAAGUGGUGUUUGGACGGAUUGCAUAAUUUGCCUUUGGACAAGUUGUCAAGGAUUACGCUGCAUUUUCUAAUGCACCUGGCAAGCUCCAUUACCGAGUAAAGACAAUGAAAUUACCCCAUGGCCAUCGCGAUUUCAGUGCACGGCUUGAGCUAUAUUUUGCAAUUUGUGAGUAGAAAUUUGAUUUGAGCUUCUGUUAUCCCUAUACCUGUAUUUACUGCAAGCUUUAAAUGCUUCGUCGCGACCAACUGAUUUUCCACUUAGUUGCUGCUCCUUCAUAUGCAGUUCUCCAGCUACGAUCACAACAUAAUGUUUCUUAACUUGAUCGGAUAACUUUGGCACAGUUUU